CCCUUCGAAAUUCCAAAUUGUAUCCGCCAAAGCCAAACUACUCUCCUCCAACCCUCUCUCUCUCUCUCUCUCUCUCUAAAUCUCUCUUUCUUUCUCUCUCUAGGUUCGUUUUUAGAGGAAACCCCGCCAACUCCGGACUGUGUGUUGUUCAAAGCCGGUAGCAGUUGUCUAACAAACUCUCUCUCUCUCUCUCGAUUGUGUCUGAAACUUUUUGUAUAGUUUUGUGGUGAUUUUGUCCUUCUGAUUUUCCAAAGAUAGGGAGGUAAUUACAUAGCCAGAGAUUAUUCCAUACCCAACAAUGUUACGCUCUAAAUCCAGAUCGGGGCAUAUUGAUUUCGGGAAAAAGAACCACACGUCGGUUCUGUCUAGAACCUUCUCUGCAACGAAAUUUUGUAGAGGUGACCCUCUGAUCUCUCAGAUUGAUUCAAACGCCCUUAAACCUGUGGAACAAAAGCCCUCCAAACUCGCUAAUUUGUCCGAGAAACAAAGUGCUAGAAUUUCGACGAUGCAGCAACACGCAGGUAAGCUCGAGGAGGAGCUGAAGAUUACAACACAGCACUUGGGUGCGGUGCAGGAAGAAAGAGAUCGUGCGCUUGAUGAGCUCCGAGAGAUGAAAAUGGUGGCGCAGGAGGCUAACAUGAAGCUAAGUGAGGCAUUGUCUUCUCGAAAGGAGGCAGAGGCACAUGCAGAGCUUAAUACCAUCAAAGAAUCGUUAGCUGAUUCAACGAGAGAAAUGAAAAUGAAAGAUAAGAGCAUCGAGUCGUUGAAAUUUCAACUUGAAAAGGCAAAAGAAUUUGAGGUCAGAUCGGCAGAGAGAGAUGUGUCAUUUGAUAGGUUGAAAGAGGAGCUGAGUAACAUGAAAGCCUCUGAGGCCCAGGCAAUGAGGUGGUUGUCUGAAAGUAAGAGAAGAAUUCAAGAACUUGAGGAUGAAAUAGAGAGAGGAAAGUUGUCGGAAACUAAAAUGUAUGAUACAGUGGCAUCCCAAACGAAACAACUUGAGCAAACCAAGAUUGAACUUGAAGAAUCCAAGUUUGAAAUGACUUCUCUUCGUGUGAAGAUAGAGAAGUUGGAGGUUUUGCCUUGCAAUCACGAGAAUGUAGAUUCCAUGAAAGAAACUAUUGAAAGUCUCCGGUCUGAGCUUCAAUUAGCAAAAGAGAAUUUGAAUCGUGCGCAAGAGGGUGAGAAAGUUGCCUCAUUAAAAUCCAACAAUCUACUUGAGGAGAUGAAUUCACUUAAAAGUGAAUUGAAGUUGGCAAUUGAGGCAGAGGAGAAGAGCAAGAAGGCCAUGGAUGAUCUAGCUCUAGUGCUAAAAGAAGUUGCAACAGAAGCCAAUCAAGUGAAGGAAAAACUCAGCUCAACCAAAGCAGAGCUAGAGCACAUAAAACAAGGGGCAGAACAAUCAAAGGGGACGGAAAGGAUCACUGAGGAUAGGUAUCAAAAGCUAUUGGAUGAAGCAUAUAAAGAAACUGAGAGGUACAAAAACACAGUCGACAGACUCAGAUUGGAAGCCGAGGAGUCACUUUUGGCAUGGAAUGAUAAAGAGAUUGGCUUUGUCAGUUGUAUAAAAAGCGCCGAAGAAGAGAAGACUCUUGCACAACAAGAGAAUAUCAAAUUGAUUGAGUCCCUAAAGGCAGCGAAUGACACAAGUAAGAUGGCAAGGGAAGAAAAUUUCAAAUUGAGGGAUAUACUUAAGCAGGCCCUAAAUGAGGCUAGUGUUGCAAAAGAAGCUGCAAGCAUUGCUAGGGAUGAAAAUUCCCAACUCAAGGAUUCCCUUGCUGAAAAGGAUGAAACUUUUGAUUUUCUUACCCGAGAAAAUGAACGCCUUAGGGUCAAUGAAGCUAAAGCACAAAAGAGAAUCAAGGAGUUGAAGCAGUUGCUUUCUUUAGCGUCAACAAAAGAGUCGAAGACUGAGGACAAGGAGCAAAGGGAGAUAUUCAAGUCUAGAAAUUCAAUACCCGGGUUGCCUGAAGAUGGGAAAAAACUAAACAAAGCCUUUAGUUUCGAUCUCAGUGAGCUGAAAAUUCCAAUUGAAUAUGUAAAUGAGAAUGUUGCUGAUGAGGAUCCCAAAAAGUCUGAGGCACUCAAGGGGUCAAUAUUUGAUACCACAGAAUCGCCAAAAUCAGAGCCCCAUACACCUGUUCACAGAAGAGUGCCUUCUUCAUUCAUGGACGAUGCAGAAACAAUAAAUUCAGAAGAUUUGGAACAUUUAGAAGGAUCCCACUUUGGCGAUGAAAAUGAUCAUAGAAAUGCACAGAGAAAAAGUAGAGCAUUGUUGAGGAGAUUUGGAGAUCUUUUAAAGAGAAGUGUCCACAAAAAGGAACCAUCUGUUGAUCAUCAAACUGUCCAAAAAAAGGAACCAUCUAUUGAUCAUCAAUAAGUCCUCGUUACCUAUUACUUACACUUUACUAUCCAUAUAGUUUUUGGUUUUUGGAAUCAGUUGAAUUUAAAGUACCUUUUACUACAAUAUAGUUGCUUGUGAACCUCGAGCAAUAGCAUGAUGAACCAAAAAGUCUCUAGGAAGAACCUAUUGUUAAGAAUAGUGGAUUGGUAUUCAGAUUUAUAGCAUUUAACCAAUUGGCAACCGUAUGUUUCGGAUAUUAUUGUGAUCUCAUUGUUCCAUGUAAUUUUAGUGAUAUGGAAUUUACAUAAAACA